ACGAUUUUCUUCAACCUUGCGGCAUUUACUCACUUUCCGCGUCGCAUUCGUUGCAUUUCCUUGUUUGUGCUGGGAAUUGUUGUUACUGGAAGCUGUCGUAUAAGGCAUAAGCUAAGAUAUAGUGAAAUAAGUAUUUUAUUCGUCAUUUAACAGCUCAUUCACCUGGCUGAAAUACGCAUCAUUUAGAAGUCUGCUUCCGGGCUUUCGAGCCUAGUUUAUAGCAGCCCGAAGCUAGGGCAAUGGCGAAUCACAGGCGAAGACGAGACAGAACAGAAGUCAGCUGCUGUCUGAAAUAUGUCAUUUUUGGCUUCAACGUCAUAUUUUGGUUCUUGGGUUUCUCCAUCCUGGCCAUCGGAGUAUGGGCGUGGUCAGAGAAGAACACAUUCAACAACCUCAGCCGGCUGACACAUAUUCCGAUGGAUCCGGCCUUUGCGUUCAUCAUCGUUGGCGCCAUCACUUUCAUCAUUGGGUUCACUGGCUGUGUCGGAGCCCUUCGAGAAAACACCUGCCUCUUGGCCUUUUACGCCAUCUGCCUGGCGAUCCUGCUGCUGAUCGAGAUGACCAGCGGCAUCCUGUGCUUCAUCUUCAAAGACUGGUUCAAGGAGCAGGCCACAGAGGGCUUCAGGGCCUUCAUCGUCCACUACCGGGAUGAUCCGGAUCAGCAGAACCUCAUUGACUGGAUCCAGGAGGGAUGGCUGCACUGUUGCGGUGUGGAGGGCCCCAAGGACUGGGACGGCAACCGCUACUUCAACUGCUCGGCCGUCGAAGUGGGCAGCAGCGAGGCGUGCGGCGUGCCCUUCAGCUGCUGCGUCAGAGAUGAAAACGAGAUAAUACGCAACAAACAGUGCGGAUAUGGGGUGCGCAGCCCCGACUAUCCGCAUGACGCUGCCAAUAAGAUCUACCAAACGGGCUGUCUACCGGCCGGAGAAGCUUGGGUCGAACGAAAUCUUCUGGUUGUAGCAGGCGUGGCUGUGGGAGUGGCGUUCCUCCAGAUUCUCGGCAUCUGCUUUGCGCAGAAUCUACGCGCGGACAUUUUCGCCCAAAAGUCCAAGUGGCGCUGACGGUGUGUGCCGCGGGCGUGACCGGUCUCCAUGGUCCGGUGACCGGUCUCCAUGGUCCCGUGACCGGCCCCCAUGGUCCCGUGACCGGCCCCAUGGUCCCGUGUGGUCCCGCCGGCGCUCCACCUCUCUCCCUCGACUCUACUCCUCUGUCCUGACCUGUCCCGGGGUCAGCAUGCUGACCGGCCGCCGCCCAGCCGCUGGGAUGAUGAAUAAGUAAUCGCUCAAUAUAUUUUUUUUUGUUGGUUGAUUUAAAGGCGAUAUUGAUAUGCUAGGAAAAUUUUUAUUGGAUUUUAUGGUACUAGUGGAAUUUUUCAAUGGGAUAUCUAAAGCCAAAAUUUACGUAAAGCGGAACUUGUUCCACAGGCUCUGAGCUUAUUUUUACCAAAUCUGUCCAUCAUCCAGUACUUUAUACUUUUCGGCUUAAAUAUUUGAGUCAACAAAGUGAAUAUUUCCAUUAUUCGGGGUACAUUUAGCCAUAGCAUUUGCCCAUCCAAGCAUUAUUUGUGCUUGAAGUUAUUUAUGUCCGUUAGUGGACUGGGUCAAUUUCCGUUCUAUAUUUACGGGGACGUUUUUACGCCAACUUUAUCCUCUCAUUGUCCUUGACAUUUUCCAUUGCAUCCAUCCUCCACAUGUUCGUUGCUCUGCGCCGGAUGGUCUGCUGCCAACUCUUAUCUCGUUACGGAAGCACUCCAGCUUCCUGUCUUCCAGGAAACUUCUUCUGUGACCGACGUGAAGCUCUCUACUCUCGAGUAUGUGCUGGCGCUCUGGCAGAUGUUUUUCAUAUCGCCAAAGUGUGACGUCAGAUCUGCCGACCGGAUUGGUCGGGAUAGACUGCCGCGAGUUUUGAUUGGUCAGCGGGUCGAGUCCUUGCUCGGUGAUUGGUGGAAAGUGAUGGCGUGACAGAACAGUCGAAUCUCAUUCCUUUCGGAAGUGGCCAAGGAGGGUGCUGUUUCAUCGCCAAGCUUUCUGAAUGAUAUUCGUGGUGAAUUCAUCUUCUGAAUGGUACUCGUGGUGGAUACAACUCGUGGAAAGACGUACCGACAAAAAUCAAACUGGGGUUGGUCAGCGCUGGACUUAUCGCGACGAGCAUUGAGUGUCCAUUGGUAGAUACUGAUCAUCUGAAAAGGCGUUCGAGUGUGAAACAACUGUGCUUGACAACAUUAUGUCUGAGUACAUGUCAGAAGUGAGGGUUUGCGCGCGUUACGCGCCUAUCUUAGGUUAACGCAAAAUAACGGUACUAAAACGGUCGUGUUUUGACCUGAGCACGUGCUGUACGAAUGACAACAAUGUCCGAGAUCGUACUCGUGUCGAGCUCCACGAUGUAUAGGGUAAAGUCGCUGAGAUUAUGUACUACUUAGCGUAGAUCGUGUGAGCUCUGUAUAUGCCAACGUCCCGAAGCAUAAGCGUGUGAGUUUAGCUAGUGAGAGUGACCUCCCGCUCAAAUGUUCCCGAACGGCGCCGAAAAACUAACGCCGAAUCGCCGCAGUUUCGAUGUAAGCGUUUCGGUUGGACCUUCUCCCAAAUCUUGGUAGUGUUUCAUGCAUCGCGGAGUUAUACUCAGCCUAACCUUUUGAAUUGGAGCGUGACGUCAAUGCCGUGCGAGUGAAUGGGUGUAUCCACUCGUCCGAUGCGUAGUCCGUAGUCGUGGUUUAAGUGAGCGUUUAUUGUCUGCAUCUCCGUUUGCGUGUGUGGCUGGAGAUGUGUGCGCGCCCGUCCCCUUCUGGGGUGCUCGAAUGACGCGCCACACUGCAUGGUAUCCUCGUGGUGCACUCCGCUGCGAAAACAACCACAUGCACACUCACAUUUGCACUUCACUAGUACCUAUCAUUCGCCGAUGGCGUGGUCUAGCCUCGUCCGAGUGUCGGUCGCAGAUGAUUUCACGGCCUUGGAAUGUCCCAGUGCAAUGUGUGUGAAUGGAGCUAGAUACACUCAAACGCGGCGUCGGUACAGCGGUGUAGAUAUUAGCGUUCGCACAAACUCUGCAUCAAGGAGACGUGUUGCUGUGAUGUCUGUAAAAAUGUUAACGAAUGCGCAGAAAACACUCGACGUUUUUACUUCGCCGUCGUUCUAAAGGGCCUAAGUUAUGUGUAUUUCGCUUCAUUGACUGUUUUACCGCAUGGGCUAAAGUCAAACGAUUACGAUCAAUCAUAAGACAGACACAACGUUUGCUGGAUGCUUGGUUGCGGAUUCUUAUUUACAAAUGUCUAGUUAAGUGUCUAUAUGCUAGCUUUAAGAUCAACUCCGUUAGUUUCGCACACUACAAUGGGUACGGUGAUAACCGGUUCACUUUUGCUUUAUUCUAUAUUUCUAUGGCACAUUUUCACUGAUGUAUGCCCGUGCGCCUAGCUUCUUAGAACUUGGUUUACCGUGUCGUGUUGGUAGUUUAUUCAGCUUUUAUAUAAUACAUGCACUGGUCGAGAUAAA